AUGGAUCAACUCACUUCUCACAUUGAAGUGCUUAAAGAAAACGAUGAAGAGAAGACAAAGCAGAUUAAGGAUCUACAGACGAAUCUUGGUUCUGUGACAGCUAUAUACUUCAUUUUAAAGAACGUUCUGUAUGAUGCAUUUGGAGAUAAAGUCAAAGCCCUAUUUCAGCAACCACGCGGAAUCGAGGAUCCUCCCACGGCCCCCACACAGUCUGCCUCUGACGACCUUCCAGUUGAUCCACCUGUUCCUAGAACAACUACAGUUGUCAAUAGAUUUGAAAAUGAACCAGAAGGCAGCAGAGCCCGAAUCACAAUCAAACAGGGAAAUAGGACUGUAACGGCUAACAAAAACGAAGGGUUACUCAUUAUGAAAAAUUCAAAUGAAAAUCGCAGAGCCAAAGACCCUGUGCUAAUAGUGACUGAUCUCAAAAAAAGAAAAUUUGGUGAUGAGUUCGGAGAUAGAUCGGGAAUUCGAAUGUGGGCCUUUGAUCCCGAGACAAAUAUGUGGGUUGUGAAAAGGAACUCAGGAAAUUAUGAGUAUUACAAGAGCACCCAUGAUUUUAACUCAUGGACCAAAGUGGAUCUUGUUGAACUAUCGAGAGCCCCAUUCCAUAAUCCCUCCGAAGAUCCCAGUGCUACAAAAUUCAAAAGAUUUCUUGAUAGACAGGUCAAGGAAAACUUUCCAAAAAUGAAGACUGCAAGAGCUUUGUACCGAAAAGACAAAGAAAUUCUUGAUCUUGAAUCAAGUGAGCCUAUGCAGAUUAUCCUUUGGCCUGUGACUAAAUAG